CUAAGAGCAGUUUUUAUCACAGCGGAGAGAAGAUGCUCAGGAUAAUUGUUUUAGUUUUGUGUUUGAAAGGAAUUUAUACAGCUCAUAAAGGAACGAGCAUAACAUGCGUCUGCAGCACGAUUCACUGCCUGGAAAUUCGGGAACAGCAUUGCAACACUACAGGCAUGUGUUUCACUCAAUAUCUGGAUCGAAAAGACGGCAAUCAUCCUGUUGUUAGAGGCUGCAUCUCCAGCAAAACUCCACUGCUUUGCGAAAACCGGAAGCCAGCCAUACCCACCGGUGCUUGGCCAGUACUGUUGUGCUGCAGCAACAACUUGUGCAACAGGGAUGCUGUGCCCACAGCACCUCCUUGGUUAUCGAAAGAUGCUACCAAGAAUGAUUCGUUGGAGACAGAAUUGCAUCCAGAUACUGAUACUACUGAAAGUCCAAGUAUCAGUCACCACAGGGACAUCCACAGCCAUCCAAACAUUUCAUCGAAUUUGAUUUCAUCAAGUGACAGACCAUCGCUAUCGUUCCACAAUCUUUUCCAAUCCAGAUCAUCACCUUCAUCAUACCCUCACAUCAUCAGUCCAGUCUAUAUCUCCGUUCUUGUCCUGGGAAUCAUCAGUCUUGUGAUAAUAGGUAUCAUCGCCGCCGUAGUACUCAAGCGCAGCAACCAUUUUUAUGUAGAACAGUACGGUGCUCUUGAGCAGCAGCAUGAACAGGCAUACCUGAAGCACAGGACUGUGCCAUAUCCACAUAUUGCUGCUCAACGUGAAUAUGAAUCCGACGAAGAAACUUUAAGUCAGUGUUCUCAGUUUUACGUUCAUGUCGUUGAACCUAAUCGGCAGUGCAAUAACACGUGAUUUGUGACUCUCUAUUUAGUUACCUUUUAAAAUUAAUGAAAGUUGUUGAAUGGAAGAUGAAAGUAUAUUUCUGAUGCUCAACAAUGUAUAUUGAUCUUAUUUAUUGGAAAUUUCAUCUCUGAUAAAUAUUGAGGUACGUUGGGACUUUAACGAAUAUUGAGGAAUAUUGAGGGAUAUUGAUUGGAAAUGAAACAUGUUAAAUGGCAGAUGAAAGCAUAUUUUUGAUGUUCAACAAUGAAUAUACAUCUCAUUUAUUGGAAAUUUUACCUCUGAUAAAUAUUGUACAACAUAGGAACUAUGAUAAGUAUUAAGGGAUAUUGCAAGUUAUUGGCUAGAAUUAAAAGCCUGAAGAUAUAUUCAUAUCACAGUAAGAUCUUUUGUAAAUAUUUUUGAGUGUGCAAGAAACUACCAGUGUUGCCAUACAUUUUGUUAUUCUUCAUAACUGACAUAGAACAAAACACACGAUAUUAUCGUAGUUGUAUCAUGGAGCUACUUUAGGAUGACAGUUACUAGUAAAAUUUCUUGUCAGAAGUAAUAGGGUGAUCUAACCAGUAAAUGAACUCUUAAGCACAAUUUCAUUUUCAGAAGUUUAUAUUACCAUUAAAACUGAAUUAUUUGGUACGAGACAUUAAAAAACAUUUUUUAUUGAUGUGUUGCUCUAUCUAUUUGCAUGGAUGUGACAUUUUUACGCAUGUAUUUGCAAUUUAUUCCCGAAUCUUUGACUUUUAAUUGUGAUACAUUGGAAUGUAAGGAACCAUUAUGCAUAAUAACAUGAAGUCUCAAUUUAAAAAAAAAUGGCACUUGAAAAAUACUGAUUUGUAAGUGUUGCGAGAGUGACCGCACGAUCAGGCCCGAAACACGAAUAAAUUAUUAUUUUCUAAAUACAAUAAAACUUUUUAAAAGGUUGGUACUUCAUUUAAUGAAACUUAAUUGUUCUUUAUAAUUCGAAUAUAUCACAAUUAAAAGCCAGUCCAAAAUUCCGGAAAGAAAGUGCAAAUGUAUGCGUAAAAACGUCACAUCUGUGCAAAUGGAUUGAGCAAUAUGUAGCUAACAACAGUGGAUGCUCGAACAGAGUAACUAGUUGCACUAGUUGGUUGAUUUGAUGACGUCACUGUGAGUGUUCAUAGUUUCAUAAGUUCAUUCGUUUUUAUCAAUUGGUAGCUCUAUUAGAACACACCUGGUUAGUCACUGGUUAACCGGUUACUUUGUUCGAACAUAUCCAAUAAUGAAAUAAAAUAAAGAUUAAUUUUAUAAAUCUGCUUCAGGUUUCAUGGGGGUGCUCCAACCCAGUGCAUGACACCCCCCCCCCAACCAGUGGACAAUCAUAACAUUUUCUGGUCGUUUGCUUUUUGGAAUUGUGCAGAAUUAAGUUACUGUUGCCAGUUUAUCAAAGAUAAAAACUUUGAAACUUAACUUUUUUAAAUCAGAUUACGAACUGUUCAUUCACUGGUACUGUUCCUUUACCGGUCUGUCUACCCUAUCUACAAAAAAGUGAGAUUUAUGCGUUUCUGUGUUGAGAACUUUGAGUGUGCAAUGUUCAUUUAUUUUAUGGUUCAUGUUUAAAAUAAAUCUUCACAAUAUAAUCUUUUGUUCAUAAUAAUGGGUUAUUGAAAAUGUUUCCACCAUCUUAUUUUUUCUUGAAGCUAUAGUUCGACCAGGAACAAAUGACCCUCAAUCAUUUGAGAAAACGAGUCCAUUCCUUAAAAUAGGUGGAGAAGGAAGAAAGAACGCGUGCCAUAUAUUGGAGUUUAGCAACAUUUGGCGAAAUGGGAAAAAAAAUCCUUUUAGCAUAUUUUCAGUUGCAGCAAAUAACUGCAUUGAAUUGGCAAAAAAGUAAAAAAUGACAAGCUUUGCAUUCCUUAUUGCAACCCUAUCUCGCCAAUUUACAAUUGAAAUUAAUUAGGAGGCGUUGUUAUCUCUGACCCAUGGCUGCUGAAAGAAGUAAAACCAAGACACACCCACUGACAUAGGAUGUCAUCUAGACAUCUGCCUUGACCGGUUAAAAUGUUUUACCUCUUUGGCUAAUUUCUUAAAUUAAAAGAUGACGUAGUAGAGCUCUAGAAAUAAUGACGCAUUUGCAAAAUCCGUUCCAACUUUCCUCUCCAUAUCGCCCCUUCACGAAAAUGGACAAUUCUGAAACAAGGUGGAGUCAAGGGUCAACUUUUCGUGGUCAGAAUUUAUAAACCGUGGUCAGACUUUAUAAACUGUAAGCAUAGCAAGAAAAAGAGAACUUCCCGACUGAUGCUGUUAGCAGAACUCAUAGUCACUAAUUUGUUUUUUUUUUCGGAAUUUUUGUUUGAAUUUCCUCAUUGAUUUGCUUAAAAGAGACAAAUAUUAUUGCGAGAGAACUUUGAGCGGGGGGCUUCCCCGAUGGGAGGUUACAGGAGGUCACUCUGACCUCCCAAAAAAUUCCUUCUUCAGCAAAUGUCGUCUAACAAUUUGGAAAAUUUGGUGAUAUAGUUGCAACUUUAAAAAAUUCCCUUUUUUAGUUAGAUGUACAUUGUACAUAUUUUAACAUUUGGUAAAACUUGGAGCUUUAUUCGGCAAAGUGAGACCCCCCCCCCCAUUUUAGUUCGGGGAGCCCCAGGUGUAAGGACAACUGUUUGACGCAAGUUUCUAAAAAGAUUAUAAGUAAAUUGUUAAAUACAUUUUUAAGGUCUUCCUAUCUCCAUAACUAAUAUAAAAUUAAUCCAUCUCAAAAAAUAAAUUGCUUGAGUUUAUACCACUUGAAUGAAGAAUCAGAUUUACGUUGCUUUACAUAACUUUAAGUGUAUUCAUUUGUGAUUGUGAGUAAAUGUUACUUACUUUUGAAAGUACUUUGUAAAUAAAUUGUUUUAACUAUUAAAA